UUUGUUUCGCGUAUCGGAACUGGUUUGGUGAUCAGUGAAAAGUUAGAUUGCACAUUGCUUUUGUGUUGUGUGGUAAUUUUCUCUAAAGUGAUCUCUUGCAGAACGAGCUGCAUCGCUGUGUAGUAGUUGUUGCUAAGGAAAGCGUACAAGAAAAAACUCAGUCAAUAGUGUUUCCGGAAUCGUUCGAAAUAUUCAACAAAAUAUUACAUAGAACUGAUAACAACGAAAGUACUUGAUAUAGACUACCACUACUGCAUCGUUCAUACCCGGAUCCGCGUGCCUUCUAAAUACGCCCAGUGAAAACGCGGGUGCGUAGCGGGGAUUUCAUGUUACUAUUUUUAUAAUCAGCGUUUGUAAGUUUACGUAGCCGAGCCAGACAAAAGUGCCGUGAACAGAGUCGAAGUGUGCCUUGACAGCUGUUGUGCAUCAUACUUUCCCACUAAAUUUUCCAUCCGGCGUGGAGAGCAACGUUAUCAACUCACAAUCGAAGGCUUGCGCGUGGAGUUCAAAAAUCACCGUCGAACGACUUCACAGUGCAUUCCUCUAGAAGCGAACGAACGCUCUUAUCAGCACAGUAGCAGCAAUCGCAGCGCGUGAGAGCUGGGACAUUUUGGAACAGAUCCAGGAAGAUCAUCCCCCACAGGCGUGCUGAUAAAAACCAUCGUCCGAUACCCCAAUCGUAGCGCAGGUCGGAACACAAUCGAAAGAUUUGGGACCGCUUUCGGCGAAGGAAACAUCCGAGGGGAAAGAUUUACCGUUGGCAGCAAAUUUUGCAGAUUGCGUCACAGGAUGAACAACCUCAUUGCGAAGGCCAACUCUCCCACCGAGAUGCGGGACAUCGCGGCUCGGAUUUGCCGGGACUAUCUGACCGGAGCGUGGAAAACUAUCUCGGCCGACGAGCUGCAGCUCAAGCGGAUCAGUGGCGGCCUUUCGAACUUCCUCUACUACGUCAGCCUACCGGAGCACCAUUACUACAAUGCGGCCGGUGUCAAAUCGAACGAAGGUUCACGCCGGAGCUCAUUUAAUGCCUCUUCCGGUACGGCGCUUGAAGACAUUCCGAAGGCAAACACGAGGUCUAAGGGAAGGAACGGGAACAAACGUGCCCGGAAGGACAGCUGCGCCAACAUGCUGGAACCGAAGGAGGUGCUUCUAAGGAUUUACGGGCAAACUCACGGUGAACACGCUCUGGAAACUAUGCUCACCGAAUCGGUCGUCUUCACGCUGCUCAGCGAACGGAAGCUAGGUCCUAAGCUGCACGGCAUCUUCCCCGGUGGGCGCAUCGAGCAAUACAUUCCGGCACGGGCGCUGCUGACGGCCGAACUGAGCGAUAUGAAGAUUUCGCUCAAGAUCGCCGAAAAGAUGGCCGCCAUUCAUAGUAUGGACAUUCCGGUGUCGAAAGAACCGGACUGGAUCUGGAACACCAUGAACCGCUGGCUGAAGGGUGUAGAGACAACGCUCAAGACAAUGGAACGUGAUCGCGCCAAUGGGAACAACACAACUGCGAAGGGCAUAACGGACAAAACCAUAAUUUCUAACAGCAACAACAACAAUAGCGAUGGUGGUGAUGGCGAUAGCGAAAAAGCGAAUAUUCUGACCGAGAUGGACCUGGUGGCGGAGGUCGAGUGGCUACGAUCAGUGAUCGAGAGUGAAGACUUUCCGGUGGUGUUUUGUCACAACGAUCUGCAGGAGGGAAAUAUACUGCUUCGGCAGGAUUAUUCCUCCACGGCUGGUGGUCAGAAUUAUGAAUGUACAACGCUGGAAUCAUUUGACGAAUCCACUCAGCUCGAUUCGCAUUUUAGUGGCAUUCUGAUAUCGAAUGGCGUUGUCCCGGAAGGGCAUAUACUUGCUCCAUCCAAUGGUGGCAAUAUUAAUCUCAACCGUAACUCAAGGAAACGUUCCCUAGACCAGGACCACAUGGAAAACGACCUCGAUAAUACGCGCGACUCCGUGCUAAGCGGCAACUCACAGGCCCUUUCGGAAGUGCCCUCGCUGACGGACGGCGAGCCGGAGCUGAUGAUCAUCGACUUCGAGUACUGUGCCUACAACUAUCGCGGGUUCGAUCUCGCCAACCAUUUCCUCGAGUGGACGUUCGAUUACACCAACAGCGAAUCGCCGUACUUCUACCACAAGCUGGACCAGUAUCCCUCCGCCGAGCAACAGGACCAGUUCAUCCGUCAGUACCUGAGCCAUCUGGCGCCCGCGGAACGGCUAUCGUACGGUGAUCGUGACAGUGCAGCAGAAGACUACGAUGAAGCAUCGGACGCGGGUUCCGUUUCCGAUCGUAGUAGCGGGGGCAGUGUGGGAACCGAUGAGAUCAACCAUGUGCGGCGUGAGGUGCAGUGCUUCACGAUGGCGUCCCAUCUGUUCUGGAGUCUCUGGGCUAUCGUGAACGUGUAUCAGGAAAUCGAAUUUGGUUACUUGGAAUACGCCAUCUGCCGGCUAAAUCAGUACCGUUCGGCUAAGAAGAGUUAUAUCGAAACGGCGAACAUCGUUGACUCGACCCGUAAGGCAUCCUCAGUGGAUCCGGAAAAGUGAAACAAACGACACCAACGAAAUAAUAUGUUUGUCGUGCCGGGAAAACGGUCCAGGAAUACAGGCAGACAUGUGCGCUUUAGACCGCUUGGUCGAUGUAGUAAGCAUGAGGAAGCAAACUGAAUCUCGGUUGAUGAAGGAGAACUAGUAGAUCUGGCCUGUUGAACAGCUUCUUCCCUCCCAGUACAGCUUACCGGUCAAGCAUGGGCCACAGAAAAGACACAUUCAGUGCCCAUGUCAUACCUUCUACAGUAAAUUACACAGCCUUAGUUUUUUUUAAUAGCAUAAUUUAUGCACUAACGUAAUGCGUAGAUUAAUUUUCGGUUUCAGAAGAAUGACGGGACGUGUUUAAAAUUUGCGUAGAAAAAAAAACAGUCAUCCAAGCUAAAGUUCACCGUCACUAUCGUAACAGUAUUAGUUGCCACAGUGAGUUUUUAUUUUAAUUUCUUUGCUAGUAAUUCCUUGAGCUAGUUUAAGUAUCCACCUAUUGUUUUAUCAUGGUCUAUCGUUUGGACUAUUUAUUAAUUGUAGACGUACUUACCGCUAUCUACCGCGUGGGUGUUUGGAUGUUGUGACAAUUUAUUAUGUACUUUAACUGACGCUUUUUCGUGAAUGAUAUUUGUGAACGACUUUAACUUUCCUACCGAAACCAACAAACCAUAACUGAAGUACGAAGAGGAUGCUUAGACUAUUAUAGAAGAGGUGAUACGACGAAUUUAUAACGAUAAGCAAGUUAUUUUAUUAUAAGUUUGAUAUGUUGUCUACAGGGAGCUU